AUGGGGGAUAUUUUAUUUGGAAGCCACACAUUCGAUGCUUAUAUUUUGUCAAGUUCUUAUGGCAUAAAUCUGGAAAAUGCAUUACCUAUUGAAGGGGUGACUAAAGUUGACACUAAUGUAUUACCUGUUGAAGCUGACUCUGAUGAUCCUGAUUAUGUAUUAAAUGAGAGUAUUGAUGAUACUGAUAGUGAUGACCCAAGUUGGCAAUAUGAAGAUCUUGAGGGUGACAAUGAUGACAUUUUCAAUGUUAUUGUUCCAACUACUACUGCUAAUUGUCAACUUGGUGGGGGUAGAUGA